AUGUCUUCUUCGAUCAAGGUCGCAGCCCAGCGGAUGAACCGAAAAUUAUCCGAAGAACGCGAUUCCCAACGUGCUUCGCUGCUGGCCAAUGAAGCCGUCGAUUUCUUUAAUGUCGGUGACAAAGUGCAAGCGUCGAGAAAGUUGAGGGAGGCUGCUGCUCUGGGUCAUGCCAAUCCAGAUGUUCAGGCCGCCUUUUUGACGAUUCACAACGAUCAGUUAACUUCGCCACUUCUGGAUCUGGUCAGAAGGUAUGCCCUGUACCACAACAACUCGGCCGGAGAUGAAGCCGUCAAGUACUUGAAGGGACCUGAAGCUGCCACCGCCGCCCCCGUCGCUCGCGAGUGCAUACAAAUCCUUCUCGAGUGCCGCCAAUCUACAAUGUCGGAUGCCCAAGAUUUUAUUGUUGCCGAGUUAGCCCGCCAGAGUCCAGCGGUCCGAGAAUAUCUCGCUACUGAGCUCCAAGCAUCAACAACUUCCUUCUUUGACAAUGUCUACGAGCGGGGCGACGACGCUGCCAACUGUCUCCGAUCCAUCGUGCUGGAUGACAAACUUUGGCCGACCGAGGACGUCAGACUUCGUGUGGAAGAUGAUCUGUUCCAGCUCUUCCUCGCAAAGCUGAUGGAGACUGGCCAUGAUCACGACGGCCGUGCCCUCAAAGGCAUCGCGCUCUUGCUCAUCGCGGAUACUCAGCGGCUGCACACUUUCGUGGACGAGGAAGCACUCGAGGCUAUAAUGGGCUCCUUGGACUUGAGACUGCCAGCUGACGUCCGAGGUCAGGCGACUCUCGUCCUUUCCAAAUACUUUGAGGCUGCCGAAUCCACUGGUCGAGAAUACCUCGCCAAAUAUGUCAGAUCGCACAUCGAACGCAGAAAAGGCGAUGACCUAGUCCUUGCUUUCUCGGGCUCAGCACAUCUCUUUCCGGUCAUCCCUCAGCUGGUGGCCCAGCUAUUCUUGACGGAUGGCUUCCUUGCUUCGACUAUGCCUCUUCUGGAUAGAAAGUUCAGCAGUCCGAUCGUCCAUGACGCCUUCCUCAACCUCCUCAAUGCGGCUUGCAUGGACGGAGCGUGCCGGGCAGCAAUUGCGCAGUACUGUGCAAGCUGGCUAUCAGAAAAGGUCAGCAACGGUACUGGCAAACAGCCAUCUGUGGCAGCCACUGUGCUGGCGAAGCUGAGAACGUCCGGCCUGGGUGUUAAAAUCGGGAAUCAGAGAGCCGACAAGGCGGAUGAUGAUGUUAGUGAACUUGUUGAUCUUUUCAAGAACUCCCUUGCCGUUGUUGAAGAAGGAAAGACUGUUUCUGACUCGAUUGAAGGCCUUGCGUAUACAUCUCUGAAAUCCGAGGUCAAAGAAUCACUCGCCAAGGACCGAAAAUUCCUGAAAGCUCUUCUCGACACUCUCGAUGAACAUCACGACUCGCCCGAAGUUGUGGUCGGUGGACUAAGUAUCAUCUCCAAUCUGACACAAUAUUCGCCCAACCUAUCGGAAGAGCAGAAGAAGAUUUCACAGCUGAAAGCCUACGCGAAUGCUAAGAAACCUGUUGAACCAAGCCUGCUGGAGAACGAGGAUCAUGUGCGAGCACGUUGCUCUGCAGUGGUGGAGGCUGGAGCUGUCGCAUCACUAACGAGAUUAAACAGAGGCAGAUCUCCGGCUACAGCGCAGCUAAGUGAUAAGAUCCUUCUGUCCUUGUCGAAGAACCCAAAAGACCGCGGCAAGCUUGCUCAACAGGGGGCUGUCAAGCUUCUGGUGUUGCAUGCCCAGAGGAACCUGAAAGCAGAAGGCACAGCUCAGCAAAAUACCGAUGCUGCUCACGCUUUGGCCAGAGUCCUGAUCUCCCUAAACCCAGCUCACAUAUUUCCGGGAGGAUCCACGCCCGACAUUACCGACGCCGUUCCUCCCCUUGUGGCGCUGUUGAAGUCACCAAGUGGCGAAGUCCUGAGCGACCAGGCUCGCGAUCUCCUCCCUGUGUUCGAAAGUCUACUGGCUUUGACAAACCUCGCAUCCGCUCCGAAUCCCAGUGCCGCAUCUUUCAUUACCAAAUCUGCCUGGGACGAAGUCGAAGAUCUUUUACUCGGAAACAACGAGCUGAUCCGCCGCGCUGCAUGCGAGCUGAUCUGUAACUUGACUGUGAUACCCACGGGGGCAGAGAAGUUUGCGGAUGGCACCAAACGAGCAGCUCAAAGACUGCACAUUCUCGUCGCGAUGGCGGAUGUAGAGGAUUUACCGACAAGACGAGCUGCUGGUGGCGCAUUAGCGAUGCUGACCGAACAAUACGCGACUGUCAUAUCGGCUAUCCUCGACCUAAAACGUGCUCCAGAGAUAUUAUUAGAGCUGUGUCAGGAUGAGGAUACUGGAGUGGUGCACAGAGGUCUGGUCGUCGUGAGGAACAUGGUCUGCUGUGACGAGGAAGAUGCCCAGAACAAAAACUUGGCAUUAAGAGCUCGGGAAGCGUUCAAGAAGAAAGACGAGCUUGACAAACUGAAGAAUGCAUUAAAGAAGAUCAAGGAGCCAGAGUUGUUCGGAAUCGGCGUUCAGGCCUUGAAAGUCCUCGUGGAGAAAUGA